GUAGCCAUGUCUGGUCGCGGCAAAGGCGGGAAGGGCCUGGGCAAGGGCGGCGCCAAGCGCCACCGCAAAGUCCUGCGCGACAACAUCCAGGGCAUCACCAAGCCCGCCAUCCGCCGCCUGGCCCGGCGCGGCGGCGUCAAGCGCAUCUCCGGCCUCAUCUACGAGGAGACCCGCGGGGUGCUGAAGGUCUUCCUGGAGAACGUGAUCCGCGACGCCGUCACCUACACGGAGCACGCCAAGCGCAAGACCGUCACCGCCAUGGACGUGGUCUACGCGCUCAAGCGCCAGGGACGCACGCUCUACGGCUUCGGCGGCUGAGCUGCCCGGGCUCCUUCUCGAUCCCUAACGGCCCUUCUCAGGGCCACCCACCCGGCCCUCGGGAGAGCUGCAGCAUUGCUUCCUUAAGCUCCGGGAUUCGCAGGGCCUCCUGUCCUCCGGGUGUGCCCGCGAUUUCACUCUGCAGCUGCUUUGCAUCCCCUGUCGGUGUAAGGUGAACGCGAGGCGGCGGGUGACGUGUAGUGGGUGCAAUGCCCGCUUGAGGUGCAAAGGCAGCUCGUUUAGGAGUCACUCGUGGGCCAUGGCUACCUUAAGGGGAGCUCCAACCUCAAGGACCUCCUUG